UCCGAGUUAACUCAGGCGGCGACUCGCCGAAGAUGUACGCAUCCGAUUCGGUCCCGGAUGAUUUGGAGCGAACCGCUUUCCGAAAAGCCGAGAAGAAAUACAAGCUCUAUUACCAGGACACCUACAGAACCCCCAAGAAGAAAAAGCAACCGAAGCCGGUGGACUUAUCUGAGGUUCUGGAUUUCAAGUCGGUUCAGGAAUUAUACGAUCGAAAGGCUGAGCUUCCGUCUGGAAUCGUUCCGGUUCGGUGCGGUCUGGAUCGUCCGGUUUUCGCCAUAGAGAAUCGUCCAGGAUUUUAUUUCAUUCCGGGAGCACUGACUAUAGAACAACAAUGCCAAUGGAUCAAGGAGAGUUUAACCAGCUUUCCACAGCCUCCUAACAGAACAAAUCACAAUGCUUUUUAUGGGCCUAUAAAUGAUUUAUUUAUUGCAGCAAAAGAGAGGAAAGUUUUACUUGCAGAAGAGAAUCCAAAUUCUGAAUAUAAUCCUUCUAUCACCACUAGAGAUGCUCAAGCAUGGAAGUUCUGUGAGGAACAUGAAGCAUCAUCAAAAGGAAACUCACGCAAAUCAAUAUCAGCUUCAGUUCUAUUGCGGAAACUGCGUUGGAGCACCCUUGGCCUGCAAUUUGACUGGUCCAAGCGAAACUAUGAUAUAUCUCUCCCACAUAAGAAGAUUCCUGAAACACUCUGUCAACUGGCUAAAAAACUGGCAGCACCUGCAAUGCCCUUGGGUGAAGAUUUCCAGCCUGAAGCUGCAAUAGUGAACUACUUUGGCUUAGGGGAUAUGCUUGGGGGGCACCUGGAUGACAUGGAAGCUGAUUGGAGUAAGCCUAUUGUAAGCAUGAGUUUAGGUUGCAAAGCAAUUUUCCUUCUGGGAGGAAAGCUUAGAGAGGAUCCUCCAUUAGCAAUGUUCCUUCGAAGUGGUGAUGUUGUACUUAUGGCUGGAGAAGCAAGAGAAUGCUUUCAUGGCGUGCCUCGGAUAUUCACAGACGCAGAAAAUGCUGAAAUUGUGCCUCUUGAGCAGCAGUUGUCACAUGAGGUUGAUUCAAGUUUCUUAGAAUACAUCCAAACUUCAAGAAUCAACAUCAACAUUCGACAAGUAUUCUGAGAAUUCUGCUUGUUUUUCCUCCGAAAUCAGACAGAUGACUUCGAAAACAAUGGGGAAUCAUUUUUUGGCAACAUAGUUUCUACUUUCUAGUGAUCAUAGCAAAGCCCCCCAAAAGACAUUAGUAGAUGGAAGUAACAAUGGUAGGAAUUGGAUCUAACUAGUGCCAAUUUAUGGUCAUGCGAACUUGAUUGUAACUGGGGAUUUAUUCGCAACUCCUUGCAAGUUUAGUUUACUUGCAACUCAAUUUUGUGAGAAGCUCAAGCAAAUACUUCGGU